AUGGGGGGGGGGGGGGGCUACAGCCAUGACCUUGACCUUAAACUUGACCUUGCCCCCCCCUUACCCCUCGCCGCUGUCCAUGGUGCUGCAGCCGCUGCACGGGGCGGGUGGGAGCCCCGGCGGGGGCUGCGAACGGGGGGCAGGCUCCUACCGCCCCCCCCAUUGCUACCGGGAGGAGGCGGCCAACCGGAGCCGGUUGCCCCGGGAUUGGCUGCGGGUCCGUGACGCGGCCCCGUUUUACCGGGGGUGGAACCGUUUCGGCGCCGCCGCAGAACCGCCGGGAUGAGCGCGGCCGAAGGCUGCCCCCGGUACCGGCGGGGGGGCGGCGGGGAGGCGGUGCUGCGGGCCCGUGCUGAGGCCGCCGGUUACCGGAGGCUGCUGCGAGCCCGCGCGGCAGAGGUGGAAGCGCUGCGCGGGGCCGUGGGAGCGCUGCACCGGCGGCUGGAGGGGCUGCGGGACCGGCGGAGCGGGGAGGUCGCCAAGUACCAGGAGCGGGUGGCGGAGCUGGAGCGGGAGAUCAGCGAGGCGGAGGCGGAGAUGCUCCGGUGCCUGCGGGAGUACCCGGCGCUGCUGCGGCUGCGGAUGGCGCUGGAGGCCGAGAUCGCCGCGUACCGGGAGAUGCUGGAGGGGGAAGAGCUGCGUCUGGGCGGGCUGGGGCCGCCGUGACCGGAGCCCGGGCCCCCGACCCCGGACUUCUGCACCUCAGGGUCCCCCGAGCCCCCACUCGCCCCUCGGGACCUCUCGGGACCCCCGCAGCCCCCGUUCUCCUCCUCCCCCGUGCCGCGGGAUCCCUGGGCUCCCGUCCCUUGCCCUGGGCCCCCCAGCCCCCGCGGGGCCGCACAUUCACCAGCCUCUCCGGAGCAGCAGCGGGGCUGGGGGGGCCCCGGCCCGUGUCAAUAAAGCCCCGUGGCAUCACCGGGA